GGGUCGUGGCGAGACGAACGCGCGUAGGGCGGGGUCGCCUGUUGCCAAAAUAAAGGAGAAGGCCCAGCUAGAUUAUUUCCUGUUGCCUGGGAGUUAAACCCCGUUGAAUUCAGUAGAACUGAUUUAUUAGAUAAAUGUAUAGGAUUGCUAGCUUUCCUUAUGCCGGGCACAGUUUGGGGGGGGGCAUUCUACCACGUGAGCGAGCUCCAUCCGCAGCCCAAAUACAGGUUUGCUUCUUGCACACGAAAGCUGCGCCAUUCUGAGUUGACGGUAGUGCACGCGUCUUUCUCGCAGACGUCUGCACACAUAAUGCUUGCACACCACGAGUCUGACCUUCUCAGAUGGCGGGCUAGUGCUUAUUUGAAGAUAGCCCUAUGAAGUUUUACAGAACCAGCUUAAAGGGCAAAUAAUUAUUUCUGAGCAAUGCAUGCAGCACGAACCUAACCUUUUAUUUAUUAUGCAAACGAUAAAGGGUGGACUGGUCCCAGAGCACGUACGCUCAAUAUAGAGACAGACGCUUUCGGGAAGGAGGAGGCUUCUGACAAUAUAGUUCUGAGCAGCGAGGCUAGGCGCGAGGCGCUUUGCAUUGUGGUAGUUGUAGUACUUUACCGGAGUAGUCGGGCAGCUCGGCUACCCUGCAAACUACAGUUCCCAGAGGGCUUUGCAAACGCAAUGGCGGGGCAAAUAGCUGCCAUCAGCGAGUGAAGGGGUCGUGUCCCCCUUGGGCUUGUUAAAAGUGCAUCAACAGGUAAAAGCCCGGCGGAAAGAUUUGAGUAAGAUGUAUCUUUCUAACGGUAUGGCUAUUUUGCAUCGAGAGGAAACUGCGGGACGAUGAAUUCGAUCCUUUACACAGGACGGGAGCAUAUUUAGUGUAUGAUAGACCUUGUAUUUGGGGUUAUAGAGUGAAGCCUUGCUUCGCCUCGCUAUGCUUUCUUUCAUGCGAGGAAUCCCCUGCAGUGGCAAGCUCCUGGGGUCCUGCGCGAAAUGGGGGCUCCUUGCACAGCAUAGGAAGGCGCUUCUAAGGACUUUCGUGUGCAUCAGGCUCGGGCAAGGGUCGAGAGCCGAGCGAUCCGCCCCGCGUCCUGAUGCAGCAUUUGCGAGCGCAAAGCGACACAUCUGGACUCCCGAAGGGGCCCGGAGAGCUGGGAGAACUGAAAACAGCGGCAGGCAAGUGUCUGUGCAAAGAGGCCAGAAAGAAGAAGCAUCGUUGUCAGCUGCUCAGAAAGGUAAGGAACGGGAGGCUCCAGCAACUGCCAAGAUUUCUUGGCAAGUAAAAUUCGUUUCCCAAACUACUGCAGUUCUCCAACUUUUUAGGCAUAUCUGCAUAUAUAUAGACGUGUUUCUGUUGAGCCUAGUGGUGUUUUUUCAGUCCAUAAUCUGAAAUAUUCUACAUAACUUGCACUGUUGUCCUAACCCUACUUACCUGGGAGUCAGCCGCCAUUAAAUUCAGCAGGACUUACAUCUGAGUAGACCUAGCUAGGAUUGUACUGCUCAUAGAAUUGUAGAGUUGGGAGGGACCACAAGGGUCAUCUAGACAAUUCCCUGCAAAGCAGGAAUAUUUUGCCCAAUGUGGGGCUUGAACCCACAACCCUGAGAUCAAGAGUCUCAUGUUCUACUGGGAUCUCAGAUUAUUUGGGGAUUUGUUUCUGAGACAAUGUUCGACAGUUGUUUGACUGGAGGCCCGUUGAUGAAUGGGAUAGGCAGAGUGAGACUGCCUUGGGCAACUGAUUUUGGCUAUCAUGGAAGGGCAGCAAAGUGUUGUUUUCUUAUUAUUGUGUUUUUACAUUUAAGGGAGAGAUGCUUGUAAGCAUUCUGUCUCAUAUGACCCAAUAACUUGAUUAGCCUUGGAUAUCAUGCACCUUGGUUUGGAACAGGGGGCACCAUUUGCUGUUCUGCCUCAGGGAGCAAAGUAUCUUGGGCCAACCCUGAGUGUGGUACAAUGUAUUUGAUUUAUAAUAGAGGUUGCCCAGCACUCAGAUUUGUGUGGAAGUGGGGUUUUCUGCUUCAGGAGUCCUUUCACCAAGCUGGCUGUGAUUGCUUCCUAUGAGAGGGUGUCUGUGCAUGCUCUAAGACCAUGGUGGGCUGAUUGCAGUAUUAUGUGGUCUACUUAUGUUUUUUUCUGGAAUCCCUGUGAUCCACAAGUUGUUUUUUUUUACAUUUACAAAGCUAGAGUGUGUUCCCAAGAUCUCUUGACAAUUAGCACACAACAAAUCAAGUGAUCUUGAAUAUGUGCUUGUGCUUCUUAACAUAAGAAGUGCUUUGGUGGACCAUAGCAAGGCCCACCUAGCCCAGAACUCUUUUCAAGAACCCCGGAAUUAUGGAAUCUUCAUCAGAACUUAUAACUCAUUAAUGUACAAGAUCCUGUGUCAGUUAUUCGUGCCAUAUGGAUGAACAGUCCUUCUCGGGCAUACAAAGCUUCCUAACCUGCUGCACCAUAGCUGAUAAUUUUUUGCCACUGGCAAGCCAGGGAGUGAUUAUUUAUUUACAUCCUGGGUUUAGUGUCGUUGCAGCUAUUUCUCUUUUCAAAAAUUAAGUUAUUCUGUGAAAACACCUAGACAUUCAAGCAGUUGCAAGUCAUUGUGGUUUGAAUGCCACCAACAGCGUUCAGAACUAGUGCACAGAUAAUGCUUUUCAGGCAUUCUCAUUAUUUGUUAAUAUGGGAAGGUGUUAAUAUGGGAAGGGAGUUCUAAAAUGAGUGGCGAGCCUCAGGGACGGAUUUAGGGGAGCGCAACUGGUUCCGUUGCAGUGGGUGCGGAGACUCAGUGCCGCAACUGUGAUUUAGAAUAGAGCACAAGAGGCAGGGGGUGCAAAAUUUUGGCAUCACACAGGGAACUGCUGAAAUUUGAGACCCCAGGAUCCGUCACUGGGAGCCUCCAUGACUGCAGGAGGUUCCCCAGUUCAUAGUGUCACUCCAUGGAAUGGCAAUAGGGGCAGCAGUGCUAGCACACUCAUCCCUACAAAUAGACUCUUGUAUGAUGGAUGUUCAAUUAGCACCUAAUUAGAAUGUGUGACCCAGGGACGCAGGUGAGGCUGUGGGUUAAACCACAGAGCCUAGGACUUGCCGAUCAGAAGGUCGGCAGUUCAAAUCCCCGCCACGGGGUGAGCUCCCAUUGCUCAGUCCCAGCUCCUGCCAACCUAGCAGUUCGAAAGCACGUCAAAGUGCAAGUAGAUAAAUAGGUACCGCUCCGGCGGGAAGGUAAACUGCGUUUCCGUGUGCUGCUCUGGUUCGCCAGAAGCAGCUUAGUCAUGCUGGCCACAUGACCUGGAAGCUGUACACCGGCUCCCUCGGCCAAUAAAGCGAGAUGAGCGCCGCAACCCCAGAGUCGGCCAUGACUGGACCUAAUGGUCAGGGGUCCCUUUACCUUUACCUAGAAUGUGUGACAGGACUAUGGCUUGGGCCUCAUGAGUUCGUCAGGCAGCAAUCUUAUGCAGAGUUUCCUGUGCAAAGCCCUUGAUUUCAAAGGACUCCAUGCCUAACUCUUCACAGAACCUUCCUGUAAAUAUCAGUGUAUUUGUUCUACCAUUUAAAUACAUUGUGCUCACUGCAUUAUUUAUAUGUUUGGAGUUUUUAAUGUUAUGCAUAAAGCACUUCAUUGAUCAUUUUUACAUUUUUAUGGGUUUCCCAUUCAACCAUAAGAACAAUAAUCUAUUUUGUAAGGCAUUUCAUAAAAAUUAAAAGCCUGGCUGGAUUUAAUGAACGAAGGCAUAAAAUUGGCUGCUAUAUAUGCAAUUGGCUAUAGCAUUUUUUAAAAAAACUGUUUUGGAAGAUUUCUCCACAAUCUUUAUUCAACUUUAGCUUAGCAUGUGAAAGGUUGAGUGGUGGGAGACAAUUGAAGCUGGAGACAGGCUAGAAUUGGGCCCUUGACUAGUCCAAAAGGAUUUGGUCCAAUAUUGACUAAAGUAUGGCUGAAGUAUUUUUAAUGAUUUUACAGCAUGAGUACGACAGUCAUAAACAUGGUUGUUACUAAUAACAAAAAGGAAUGGAUCAUUGGUGUUUGAAACCAGCAGAGAAUCGAUGGUGAGAGAACAAGUUGCCCCAGUGCCCCUGAGCAUGAAGGCAACGCAAAUUGGAUCAAAAACAAAUGCCGUAAUCACUGUAUCCACUCUAGUAAUUCUCAAGUUCUGCGCUGGGGCUCUCUGCUGAGCUGUGAGAGUACUUCUUGAGAAUGAGAAAUGAAAUAAUUUGUUGCUUAUUUUAUUAAAAUAUGUAUACAUCACUUGUCCAUUGUUAAAAGCUGUUUAAAUAAUAAUUAUAAUAAAUUAAAUACGUGUUGCAUAAAUAAUAACUCUCAAUUAAUACUAAAAAGCCACUGAAAGUCUUGUAAAAUCUAGCCUAAAUAGACCUUGUGAAAGCAAAACCUGUUCAGCUAACCUGUGGCCCUCCAAGAUGUUGUGGGGCUACAAUUUCCAUCAUCUCUUACCAUUGGCUAUGCAGGCUGAUGCUGAGGGAAGUUGGAGUCGAACAACAUAUUGGGGGGGGGGGGCACAGGUUAAACACCCUGGCUGUUCCUUGACAGCAAACCAUCACUAAAUUUCCCAUGGAAAGAGCGGGGAUGAGGACUUUAGGGGUUAGAAGAGAUGUAAAAUCCUUUUAAUGUUCCAUUAUUCUGAAAGCAAAAGCUGUUUUGACUCAGUCUUUUAUCUUUCUCAAUUUUAGAGGAAGCAUUUAGGAGCUAUUGGAUAUAUGUGCGUAAGACAACAACGUAGUUUGUGGUUGUAGAAUUGUAGAGUUGGAAGGGACCCUGAGGAUCAUCUAGUCCCCUGGGGUCCCUUCCAGCUCUAUGAUUCUAUGUUUUUCUGCUUCAACAAUAUUUCAUUAUGUUCCUAUCAUUUUAUGUCAUUGUAUUUUGUGUAAAUUAUUUAAAAAAUUAAAUAAACAUUUUCUAUUUACAAUAUAUAUAUAUAUAUAUAGCUAUCUUUCUACCGGGGGGGGGGACAUGGGCGUAGCCAAGAUUUUUGUUAGGGGGCAGAACCUCAGAUUUGCAUUGAUUUGUAUUGGUUUUUACUUACUGGGGGCAGCUGCCCCCCCCCCUUGGCUACAACCAUGAGGGGGACACAGGAAGGAAACAAGGUUGGAAGGGGGGCACGGUCGGAAAAAGGUUGAGAAACCUUGCUCUAACCAACAGAGCUAUAGGAGACUGAUAAUGUAUAACUACCGUUUCGUAAUUUUUAUUUUUUUGGUCUUGUUUUCUCUUUCAGUGAAAGAAGCUGGGCGAGAUUUCACCUACUUAAUAGUGGUGGUGAUCGGCAUCGGUGUCACAGGUUGUUGAGACAGGGGAAAACAUAUUCCUCACUGUUUUAAUUGUUGACCACUUCAGCAGAAAGGUUCUUAGUUCACCUGCAUUUUAUUUUUCCUCUCCCAUUUCAGGUGGUUUAUUCUAUGUGAUUUUUAAGGAGUUGUUCUCUUCCUCCAGCCCCAGUAAAAUCUAUGGAGAUGCCCUGGAGAAAUGCAGAGCUCACCCUGAGGUUUGUUUUCAAGUCUUGAAUGUUCUCCUUACCACAGAGCCCUAGCACAUUACAGAGAAUUCUGAGGCAUCUUUUGAGGGACGGUCACUCACUUUGCAUUGGGUACUGACUAGCCCAUGCACCGCUGCCCUGGAAAGGCAUCCUAGAACAUUUCUAACAUUUCCUGCUGCUGCAUGCUUCAGGGAAAGAUCAGUGAUAGUGGGUGAGCUUUCAGUGUAUCAUAAGAGUUGGGUGUGGUCUUGUAGGCCAUCCACUCCUAGCUGAGCCCAGGAAAUCUGGCACUAGACCAUUCCCAGCAGACAGCUGUGCAGCUUCUGCUUGAAGAUUUCCAGAGAGAGGGAGAGAGAGAGAGAUCACCACCUCUCUAGGUAAUGUGUUGAAGAAGGUCGUAUAGUAUUGCUGAUUAAACUGAGGGAACUGUGCACCUAGGGUUUGAUAGGAGACGAACUACUAAGCACCCUAUCCUGUCCUUACUGAUUAGGUAAUAGGUGUUUUUGGUGAACCCAUAAAAGGUUACGGUGAAGCAACGCGCCGCGGGAGAAGACAACUGGUCAGGUACCUGUGAACGCAUCGCUUACAGAAGCACUGGCUCUCUUUCUGCUAACAUUCUCUGUGGAUUUGUUACUUACUCUGUUCAUCUCACUUGACACAUGUCAUAUUCACUUGUCUUGCCAAGAAGGUAAAAGGGAAACUACCUUGGGGCCUAGGCUAGCAGCUUGAAUUUGAGGCCUACAAUAACCCUUGCAAAUGCACCUGAUAGCCAAGAAACCUUCUUAGUCACAUCGAUUGCCAGCAUACAUUUAUGCUGAAUAACAAGGAUGCUGAAGGGACACUGGUCCAUCUUACUCCCGCAUGGAGCUUUGUGUACCUAUUGUACAUGAAUUUGACACAGAUGUGCCACAGCAACACUCAGAAUACUAUAUCCACGAUUGUUACUCUUGAGGUGGGACAUGAUUCCUCCACCAGGCAGAAGAACUUCAUUCGGGUACCAGCUGGUCAUGGGAGCAGACUAUGCUCAUCCAACACAGUGGCUUCAUUCACAUGGUUUCGCAUGAUCCGCAUGAACCUCAGGCUCAUGCUUCUCCUUUUCCUCCUCUUGCCUGGCUGAAAAGAAGGACUUUAGCUCCUUUUUUCAGUUAACCACAGUUGCUUGCGAUGUCUGGAUCUGGAAUUGGAGGUAAUGGUUAGUUAUGAAAUGAUGGCUAGCUUCAACUACCCAGCUUCACAACACAUGGUUUGAAGUUAGCUUGUUUACACCAUCAGGCCCCCCUGCUUUUUUUUGUUGCCUUUGUACCAGUAUAUGUAAAACCAAGAGAAAUGUUGACAGAAGAGGCUCUAGUGGCUGCAUUAUUUAAGAUAAAUGAUUCAUUGGAUCAGCUUCACAGGAAAAUGGACACGAUAAAUGCGAAAGUGGAUGUUUCAAUCAUUAAAAUUAACUUAAAUAUAGAAAGUAUAAAUAAUACUAAUACAGAAACUACCCAGAAAUUGACACAGAAACCUAUUUCGAUACGGCAAACUGCAGAGGAGGCCAGGGAAAAAGCUGUUGUUGCUGAAUGUAAAGAAACACAACUGGAGAGAAAGAGCAAGAGAGCCCCAGCCCUACAGAAGCAACUUGAUGAAUAUAAGUUGAUGCUUGCUAUGACUGAACUUAAAGAAAAACAGACAAAUUUGAGGAUUAGAGUUCACCUUUGGUGGACAUGCCCAAGGAUUAAGACACUUUGGGAGAUGAUUCAUAAUGAAAUGAAAAAGGUAUUUAAAUAUACCUUUUUGAAGAAACCAGAGGUCUUUCUCCUGGGCAUGGUCGGCUAAUUGGUGUUAAAGAAGGAUAGAACUCUUUUCACGUAUGUAACAAUAGCAGCAAGAAUACUCAUUGUGAAGUACUGGAAGACACAAGAUUUAUCUAUCCGGGAAGAAUGGCAGAUGAAGUUGAUGGCCUAUAUGGAAUUGGCAGAAACGACUGGCAGAAAUCCGAGACCAGGGAGAAGAGACGGUGGAAGAAGACUGGAAAAAGUUUAAGACUAUUUAUAGAAAUAUUGUAAAAAUAAUGAAUGUUAGAAAAAUGUUGGAAUGAAGUUAUAUGGCUUUAGUAGAAAUGCUAUAAGGAAUUAAGUAUAAAUAGACUAAUAGAGUAUUAAAGGGAAAAAUAAGAUUAGAAUAUGUUAAGAUAAUUAUAGGAUAGAAAACAGAGGAAGAUGGAAAGGAAUUGCUGAAACAAUUAAUAGAAGUGAAAUACAAAAAGGGAGGUGUGAGGAGGUCGUGGAAAUAAGGGAAUGAAAGUUAAGAUACUGAAAUUGUUUUGUGUUUUAAAUGGUUUGCGUCUUAUUUUGUUAAUCUUAUGUUUUUGUUUUUUUCUUUUCUUUGCUUUUUCUUUGCUUUUGCUUUUCCUUUUUUGAUUUUUCUGUUUUAUUGUGUUUAAAUGGUUGGAAAAUCAAUAAAUAUUAUUUUUUUAAAAAUGAAGUUAGCUUGUUUAAAAUUAACCAUAGUGGGUGUUAGCCAGGAUUUGCCCCUUCAGGUAACAUAGCAAACCAGGAUUAACCAAAAGCAAAAUCAAGUGCUUCCUAAUUACUCCUCUUGGCUCUGUGGGAGGAUAGGGGGUAGCAUGCAAGCCUAAGGUCACUACAGCUCAUUAUUAUCCAUGUACAUUAUGCUAAACCAUGGUUUAACAUAGGAAUAGCUGACAUGGUGCCCUCCAGAUGUUGCUGGACUCCCAACUACUACUAGCCAACUACUACUAGCCCUAGCUAGAGUGGCCAUUGGUCAGGGAUGAUGGGAGUUGUAGUCCAGUGGCAUCUGGAGUGUAUCAUGUUGGCUGCCCCUUGUUAGUAUGUUCUCAAAGUUGCUUCACGCCUAGGAUUAAUCUCAUUGGGUUGUGUCUAGCAUUAGACAUACUCAAGAGUAGACCCAUUGAAAUUAAUGGAAAUGACUCAUGAUGUUGUUUGGUUCCGUAUUUAUGGCCACUAUCCUGUGUGUGCACCCUUGGACUUCCUUCUGAGCAAACACGCUCAGGAUCAGAUGUAAAUUGAGUUUUAGACCCAAUUCACUUGUUUGUGGGUUAGGAAGCUUUCAGACAGGGUGGUCCAAGUGUAACCGUAACCAGACAAGUUUAAUUGAAUUCUGGAACUAAGACAAGAUUGUCCAUGUAAAGUUUUUGUUUCUUAGAAUUAUAGUGUAUAACUAUUAAUUUUUCUGGCAUUAACAUUCAGGGCUUGCGAAACCUUUCCUCUCUUUUUUUUUUUAGCCACAUUGAGUAUGUAAAAGAUGGACUGAAAUACAUGCGCCUAAAGUUUUACAUUGAGGGCUCAGAAAAAGGAAAGCAGGGAACAGUUCAUCUGGAAGUGAAAGAGGUAUGACAGCCUCUGUGAUCUACAUCAACCAUAAUCUUAAUGCUUAGGUUAGUGUGUACAAAGAAAUUAAUUCCCACCCCCUCUCUUUGCAGAAUCCAGAAAGUGGAAAAUACGAGUAUCGUUAUAUAUUUGUGGAUAUUGAGGUCUACCCUAGAAGAACCAUAAUAGUUGAAGACAACAGAUAGAGAAACAACUGAAGUGACCUUUCAUUGCAGUUCGUGAUACUGUAGUUUACAAAAAUGGGAGUAAUGAAGUAAAAGUUGGCUGAAAGGUCAUUUUGCAUCCUCACAACAUACCCGUGUGAAGGCAGUGGAGCCACUGAGCUUAUGUGUAAUUCUGCUGGGUAAAUACUGGAAGUAGGUAAUCAUUGUUGUUAAUAGAAAACGCAAACUGGGUUGACGCAGUUAGUAUAAACUGGCAGCCAGCUGUGGCAGCGGCAAAUAUGAUUUAGCAAAGAUUGUUCAUUGUGAAUCACAGUUUUAUACACGCAGUCUUCUCAGGAUGAAUUUCCUUUGGAUUUGGAUUUCAUGCAAGUGCUACAAUAAAGAAGACAUACAAAACAUACAGAAUAUCUUUGUCCUUUCGUGCACACAGUUCACGUACAUAAAAAGGUGUGUGGCUUCUGUUUCUGUAUUGUUUACAGACUGUAAGGCAGAACGUCACAGAUUAUAAAUCGUUUCCUAGUAGGAUCUAGGGCUCCUCUGAAUGUUCUACUUUGAAUCUUGGGGUUGAAAGGAAUACCCCUCUGUUGUGAAAAAUGUUGCCUUUUUUCAGGCAUGGAUGCUGCUGUAGUUUGGUUUCUUUGCCGUCACAUUGCUUCCACUCCCACCCCCCCUUUUUUAUUGCUGCAUCAUCUUCCUCAAUCACAUCAGCACUACCGUUAGGUCAGGUAUCAUUUAAUAGUCAGGCUGACAUCAGAACUAUCUGUAGCCAACUAGAUUUCAUUGGCUCUUGGAUUGGUUGUGAUCACAGUCAGUCAGGGAACACAUAGUGCACAGAAUGACAUCACAGCUCGAUGCAGUCAGUUGGACUUGGCUUAUAUGCUGAUGUCACUGAGAGGAAGAGCCAGAACACGUUCACCCAUUCUUAAUGCAGCCUCCAAAUAAACCCCACAUGUUUUGAUAUGGCUGAAAAUGUUAGCAAAAACCAUUCCAAACUUCAGCUCAGCCCUAGCAGGGUCUGUUCUGUUCUCCUUUCCUUUGAAAGCUGGGGAACACUUUGCAGUAUCCAACAAACUUGGUAUGUUUCUCUGUUUGGCUAAAGGUAAAUAAUAUUGCCAUCUAGUGGGCUUUUUGACAGAUUGCAUCACAUAAGCCUUUUCUAGCUCAUCGUUCAUUUAACAUAAAAUCCACUGUAAUACAAGUAUUCAUCAAAUCUUGAUAGUGAAUGAGUUGAGUUUCUGACCAACUAGGGUGAUAUCCGUCUCAGUCAUUAGGUAUCACCCUUUGAUUUUUAUAAUAGCAUUCAAAUCACAUGCCAUUCAGGUUUAUGUUUUGGAAUAUGUAAUGUUAUAUAAUACCAUAAGGUUCUAUGGAUUAAAUUCCCCAUUUUGUUAAUUGAAUGAAGUCAGUAGGCAUGACUUAAUGCCUAUUGACCAUGCUGAGAAGACUCAGAUGCAUACAAUAAAAUGUCAACAGUUUAGAAUACUAGAUCAUCUUUAUAAGGCUACAAACGCCAUUGAAUUUUGCCUGCACAUAUCCCCUUCUUGUUGUGUUUUCCAAAUUUAAGCUGCACAUUAACUAAUAUAAUUGCUGUUUGUUCUACCUUGCCUAAUGUCUCACUUACAAAGGCGGUGAAACCCUGUGGAUGCUAGAAAUGGAUAUUAGUGUUGGUGGUGGAAGAUUGCCCAGGACUCUCAUGUAAACUGUUCUUCCUUUUUCUGCUAUGUUGAAAUGAGCUUGCAGAGCAGUCUUCUGUUUGGACACUGGCCGCACUUGGACACAACUAGCUUUACCAAGAUGACACUAUUUCUACCAAUGCGACUCAGUAAACACGCAAAUCAUCCCAGUUCCUAUAGGAAAAUAAAAUGGGCUUGCACUAUAAGACAUCAUUCCACAUGCCAGGCUCACAGAGCACUUACUUGCAAGCAUGGCGCAUAGAAAUAAGAACUAUAGCUUCUAGGGUGAUGUCAGGGAACUGACAUCAGAGCGAGAGGCGAAGGGGAGGCUCCUGGAUGAUGCUGGAGAAGGACCCAGCAGCAGGGGGAGAGGCGACUCAGUGGAGGGGGAAGCAUUUAAGCGCAACACCAGGAACAAAAGUGAGCAGAUGGGAAAAUCGGAGAGAGGGCUCACGGACUCUUCACUGGAACUCAGUGAGGAGGGGACAGGUCCCCCGCUACCCACGCCCACCCUGCGCAGAAGGCUCCCGCGCAGUGAGAGGCGGAGGCGAUUGGGUGUCAAACAACUCUUAUGUUGGAAGAGAUUCAAGAAACGCCCACUGACGGAUUCUGCUAGUGACUGAGACAGUCAUGAUCAGAAGGGGCUGUGCAGUCAGAAAGGUUUAACAAGGCAAAUCAGCCUAGAGAGGCACCAGUUUACGCACGAGUAACUCAUACUCAUUACAGCAAUCCGUCAGUCCCUGAAAGUUGCUCGUGCGCAGCAGCAGGCAGGCAGCAUCAUGAGCAAGCCCGGAGAAGCAGGCACCCAAGGGGAGCAGCUGGAGGGCAAACGCUGGAGGAGAGGAACCGAGAUUUGGAGCAGCAUGUGGCCAUUCUGACGGCACGGCUGGACGAAAGGCGGUCUCAAGAUGCACAGGUCAGACCCACCCCCAUAGCAAGGAAGGUACCGGGACUGGUGCACAAGUUUGGGGGGAAGCCGCAAGACUACAGUGCGUUUAGAACGGAAAUAGAGUACGCAUUGGACGUGCAGCAUAACGAUUUUGAAGACGACGCGGCGCAGGUGGCAUAUGUUGUGGGUCACCUGCAGGACGGGGCCAGAGAAUGGGUCAGACCCCUUAUGGCGACGCAGAAUUCCGCCAUGCAGGACCUGAGGAAAUUCUUCCAAGCGAUGGACGCGAUGUUUUCCACUGAUGUUCAAAAAAGUGUGACUAAGCGGGAAUUGAUGAACUGUAAACAGGGGAGCCAGUCAGUCAGGGACUACUGGUCGCGCUUUGCCAUGAUAGUUCAUCGCCUCGGGUGGGAACUGGGCUCCGAACCCAUACAGAUGUUAUUCGAGGAGGGGUUGUCCCCAACGGUUAAGGAUGAACUUUCCCGCGCACCCCGCCCACAGGGGAUGGAUCAGCUGACCAAGGCUGUGCUUGCGAUUGGCGCGCGCCAGGAAGCGCGGGCCCAGGAGAGGCGGGAAGGGAGAGAGCAACGUUGCCAUGACUACCGCAUUCCUGAAAUACCAAGGCAGCCCUCCCCGCCAGCAGAGCCAAUGGAAAUAGAUGGGGCGCGCGCGGGAAGUUUCAAGCACCAGCGAAGGGCGCAAGAAGGAGGGAAAGGAUUGGAAAACCUCCAAAAGGUGUUACCUUUGCCAGCGGCCAGGGCAUUUUGCCAGAGCCUGCCCUCAAAGAAAGGCUUGGCAAGGAAUGGUGGGAACCGCAGGGGUGAGGAGGAGGUGGUACAGGACCAGGAACAGCGAAACGGGAACGCGUGGCUGCCAAUCAAGGGGCACAACCCCCAAGCCAGCCACCAGUAACAGUGCCCCACCCGGACCCCCAAGGCGGCAAUAGCCAUCGAAGUGGUGCUAGAACUCCCGAACGGGCACCCAGUCAAGGUGAAAGGCAUGCUGGAUUCAGGCAGCUCAUGUAAUUUCUUCAGCAAGGACUUUGCAUUAGAGCACCAGCUCCACUUACUGCCUUUGGAUUUUCCCUUGCAAGUGACCACCAUUGAUGGCAGGGAGCUUCUAGGAGGGGAAGUGACACACCAAACCCCGCCAAUGAGAAUGAGGGUGUCCAGGCACUCGGAAACCAUCGCCUUUCACGUCGCCUCGCUAGCAGGACCCCCAAUAAUAUUAGGGAUGAGCUGGCUAGCACAACAUGAUCCAGUGGUGGCGUGGCAUCAGAGGACAGUCACCUUUGGAUCAGCUUACUGCCUGGAACACUGUCUAGGGGGGGAAGCCCCAAGAAUGACCGUGGCCAGGGUGGCUGGGAUGGCGGUGGAGCGGAAAGGGGAGGUGCCGCCACAAUACGCAGAUCUGCGGGAGGUCUUCAGCGAAAAGGAGGCAGAUAGACUGCCACCCCAUAGGCCCUUUGACUGCCAGAUCAACUUGCUUCCGGGGCUCAGCUGCCAGUGGGUAAGCUGUACGCCAUGUCAGACAGGGAGAUGAAGGAGUUGCGAGAAUUUAUCGACAAGAACCUGAAAAGAGGCUUCAUAAGAGAAUCAAAGGCAGUAGGGGGCAGUCCGGUGUUCUUUGUGGACAAAAAGGACACAAAUAAACCCAGGCUCGUAGUGGACUAUAGAGCUGUCAAUUUGGUGUCAGAACCCGUGACCUUCCCAAUGCCCAGGAUUGACGACAUUUUAACGCGAGUGAGGAAAGGCAAAAUUUUUACCAAGCUGGACCUCAGGGCGCAUACAAUUUGAUCAGGAUGAGGGAGGGGGACGAAUGGAAGACCACAAUGUUCACACCCCUAGGUGCCUUUGAGUACUUAGUUAUGCCUUUUGGAUUACAGUCAGGCUCCGCCUGUUUUCAAGCUUUCAUGCACCACGUGUUGGGGUCUCUGCUGUACAAGAACUGCGUAGCCUUCUUGGACGACGUCUUAAUUUAUUCGGACAAUGAGGAACAACAUGUUAGAGACGUCAGGGAAGUGUUACAACGACUGCAGAAGCACCAGUUGUGGGUCAAGCUGGAAAAAUGUCAGUUUCACGCCAGAGAAGUCGAGUUUCUGGGGUACAAGUUGUCUGACAAAGGCUUAGCGAUGGACCCAAGCAAGGUGCAGGCAGUGCUGGAGUGGAAGGCUCCCAAGACACGGAAGGACGUACAGAGGUUCCUAGGGUUCAGCAACUUCUACAGGAAGUUCAUCAAGAACUUCGCCCACUUGACAGCGCCAAUCACGGAUUGUCUCAGUAGCAAAAAGAAGUUUGUGUGGACAGAAGAGGCCCAGCAAUCCUUCGAAAAACUGAAGAAGGCGUUCGCAUCGGAAGAGCAACUCCUGCACGUAGAUCUGGAGAAACCCCUGAGGCUAGAGACCGACGCGUCCGACAGAGCCGUGGGGGCGGUCCUUUGCAGCCAGGGAAGGGAAAGCAGGAAUGGAAACCGUGUGCCUUUUUCUCCAGAAAACUGAGCAAGUCGGAGCAAAACUAUACAGUGUAUGACCGCGAACUGCUGGCAAUCUACGCGGCCUUUCGUCGUUGGCGUCAUCUACUGAUAGGGCGCAACAACAGAUCCAGGUUUGCACAGAUCACAAGAACUUGGAGUACUGGAGAACCGCACGAGUACUCAACCAGAGACAGAUUCGAUGGGCACAGGAGUUCUCCAAGUUUUUCUUUGAAAUCCGCUACGUGCCCGGAGAAGAAAACGUAAGAGCAGACGCACUCUCGCGUAAACCGGAGUACCUGGAAGGAGAGGGGCCGCCGGAGAAACGACACGUGAUCCCCGAGGACCGAUGGGUGUGUGGGGGAACUUUGGUGGGGAAACGAGAACUAGCCGGGCUGACCAGAAACGACGUGUUCGCGCAAACUAAAAUCCGGGAACUACGAGACGGAAGAGGGACCCAAGAAGGGUUUGAGGAGAAGGAAGGGGUACUGUACUAUAGGGGAGCGCUGUACGUACCGGGGGAGACCCUGAGGGAAGGUACUCAAACAACUCCACGACAACCCCACAGCAGGGCACUUUGGACAGCACAAAACCAUGAUGCUUGUGACCAGGCAGUUCUGGUGGCCCAGGGUGAGGGAGGAUGUACGGGAAUAUGUACGGGGGUGCGACCGCUGCCAAAGGGCAAGCGGGCUGCCCCCACAGGAUUGCUGGAACCCUUACCCACGCCGGGGAAACCCUGGGAGGUGGUAUCCAUUGAUUUUAUGACAGAUUUGCCCAAGUCCCGGGGAAAGACAGCAGUCAUGGUAGUGGUCGACCUACUGACAAAAAUGUGCCACUUUAUAGCUUGCUCACAUGCUGUAACGGCAGAGGAAACAGCCCGGUUGUUUGUGGAGCACAUAUUCCGGCUGCAUGGCGCCCCCUUGAGGGUUAUCUCCGACCGCGGAAAACAAUUUACUUCCCGGUUCUGGAGGAAACUCAUGAGCUUACUGCAGGUGGAGGUGGGUUUCUCGACGGCGAGACACCCAGAGACCAACGGGCAAGCAGAAAGAGCGAACAGUAUACUCCAGCAAUACCUACGCUGCUAUGUCAGCGAGAGGCAGAACGAUUGGGUAGAAAAACUAGCGCUGGCUGAAUUCGCGUACAACAACGCGGAACACGUGUCCACGGGAAUGAGCCCAUUCAUGGCCAACCAUGGGUGUCAUCCCAGGGCCUUCCCGGGAGUGGGGAGGAAAGCUGGAGCGUACCCGCCGCAGAGCAGUUUGUGGAAGAAAUGGAGGCCCUACACCAGCAACUUAAGAUGAACUUGGAGCGGGCCAAGGAAACUUACAAGAGGCAGGCAGACAAGCACCGCAGGGAAGGGGAGACCAUACGGGUGGGGGACCGGGUGUGGUUGUCCACCCAAGGGCUACCUUUCAAAGGGGGGUGCAAGAAGUUGCAGCCCAGACGGCUGGGACCUUUUGAGGUAACACAGCAAGUUAAUCCCGUGGCAUUUAAGCUCAGGUUGCCUGAUAGCAUGAAAAUACACCCGGUUUUCCAUAGGUCCCUGCUUUCACCGCAUAGGGAAGGGCGGGAAUUCCAGGGGCAAGAGGGAGAAGUCACCACACACCCGCAGGUAGAAGAAAGGGAACACCACCACAGGGCCACGGAAAUACUGGACUCAAGGUGGCAAGGGCGCCGGGUGGAGUAUUUGGUAGCGUGGGAAGGGGAACCCAGGUCCGAAAACACGUGGGUCCCCACGGAAGCCGUCGAGGACAGGUAUCUGGUGGAGGUAUUCCACCACCGGUUCCCGGACAAACCCAAACCCCUGGAGAGAUUCUGGGAGGAGCAAUUUGGAACCACAGAUGAGGAAGAGGUUUUGAGGGAUUUUCUGACUCCGAGGAGGGAGGAGAGGUUUCGGAGGAAGAAGCAUCAGACGGGAAGACCACCCCGUUGGUAGGUGGAAGAGCGAUUGGGAAGCGGGUUUCGAACCCACGGAAGAUGGUGACAGUUCCUUCCGGGGUUUCCCCGCCUCCUUGGCCGACGAAGGGGACGAGUUGGUCCCACAGGUCGGCCCAGGGGUGGAGGGGAUUCUGGGGGGGAGGUGGAUGUCAGGGAACUGACAUCAGAGCGAGAGGCGAAGGGGAGGCUCCUGGAUGAUGCUGGAGAAGGACCCAGCAGCAGGGGGAGAGGCGACUCAGUGGAGGGGAAGCAUUUAAGCGCAACACCAGGAACAAAAGUGAGCAGAUGGGAAAAUCGGAGAGAGGGCUCACGGACUCUUCACUGGAACUCAGUGAGGAGGGGACAGGUCCCCCGCUACCCACGCCCACCCUGCGCAGAAGGCUCCCGCGCAGUGAGAGGCGGAGGCGAUUGGGUGUCAAACAACUCUUAUGUUGGAAGAGAUUCAAGAAACGCCCACUGACGGAUUCUGCUAGUGACUGAGACAGUCAUGAUCAGAAGGGGCUGUGCAGUCAGAAAGGUUUAACAAGGCAAAUCAGCCUAGAGAGGCACCAGUUUACGCACGAGUAACUCAUACUCAUUACAGGUUGGAAGUAAACUGCAAUGAACACAAGUCAGACACCUAGGAAGAUAACUCAGUUGGUAGAACAUGAGCCGCUUAAUCCCAAAGUCACAUGGGUUUGAGCCCCGCAUUGGGCAAAAGAUCCCUGCAUUGUAGGGGGUGAGACUACAUGACUCUCAUGGUCCCUUAAUUCUACAGUUCCAUGAUUCUAUACUUAUUGUAAACAUGCAUAGGGUUGCAAUGUCGAGUACAGAGCCAGCCACUGGGUUAGAUCCAGAUAACCAGCAGGUGGAACUCUGCUCAUGGGGUGCUGUUCAGGGGGAAAGGGGAGGUAGGUUUUUGUUAUGUUUUUUGCCAAUUCCCUCUGUGUCCCUAAAAACCUCCUGUAGCAAGUCAGCGGAUCCUCUGGAACAAGAUGGGAGGUGGAAUUAGAAGCCGAAGGGGGAAGCAGUGAACAUCAUCUCUCCCCCUUUCUUCCUCUAGCAGGAACCUCCAUUGGAUCUGAGUGCCUUCCUUGAACAGAAGAGCAAAUAUGAAUCCAAUUCUUCUUCCUGUCUCUUUGUUAUUAAGACCAACAGUCUCUAUGGGUUCUCCAAAAGCAUGGAUAAAUUGGAUAUUUUAUGUUGUCACAGUUUUAAAAAAAUUAAAUACUUGCACUGAAGAAAUACAUGGGGGCGGGGCAGUGCCUUUCCAGAAGUUAACUCCCAGUAUUUUAAAGACUAGUUAGUCCAAUAAAAGGCAUGGCCCGGUCUUUCCUUGCUCUGUAGCUUCCAUUCCAUAGGGACCAGCCCAGUGCUGAGAUGCUGAUCUACUUUCAUCAUAGUGAUAAAUGGCCAGUUCUGCAGCUGACAUCAAUUAGCUGCUAAAACUUGCUGGGAGCCUGGUUUAAAGUAAGUAUAAUUUAUAUACCUGCAAGAUGAAUUUGAGGCACCACCUAGAAAAGUUAAAGAUACUGUUGAACGCCAACCCAAUUUCCAAGCGGUGCUGGGAAGUUUCUGCCUCUGCGCACGGGUCUGGGAAUGUUCUGAUCAGUUCCCAUUGAGUUCAUGAAACAGUGUACCUUGACCUGUUCUUAAUGCAUUGUUGACCACAUCUACGGAACGCGAUGGUUAUGUUCUUUCAAGUCAUGCAAUAUCAAUCAUUAAGUAAUUGUUUAUUAUCAAUCACUAGUUAAUAGUUUAAUAAAGAGAUUUUACGCCUGUCCAAUUCUGUGUUCCCUUUCCCACCCUUUAAUCUAUUGAUGAUUAAUAUCUAUAUUCAACCCUUGCAUUGUAUUCAUGUUAACCAAUCAGCAACAAGCACAUAUGUGGAAAUGCUGUAAUAUUCAAUAAAAGGGACUCUCUGAGACAUGCUCGAGAGAUGCCUCCCAUAUGACAC